UGAGGAAGAUCGCGUACGAGUACUUCUUCGUCUGAUCGAUAUAGCUAUACGACUAGUUUCUGUCCGCUAUCAUAGUCUGUUGAAUAUAUAUUUUCAUUUUAAACGUUUUUUUCCUGUUACUAGUGUUGCUAGAUUUGGCAACGAUUCCCCAUACAUAUUGAGGCUGCCGGAUGGAAAUCGCGACGAAUCGCAUCGCGAGGGAUUGACGUAGACAGUGUAAGGGUUAAUAGUGGUCGAUUUAUUAGAACAACAAAAAACCUAAACAGGCUAAAAAGAAAGGAAGAAAGGCAAACAAAACGAUUUUUAUUCCAAUCUUGCACACAAUCUAGCAAACGUUUAAAGUCAAUCUCUUUUACGGUCAGAGUUAUAGAUAAUCGCGUCAAGUUUAGGAUCGGUAGCCUACACGAGCGAGAAGCACUUUUUAAAACGAUAUUUAAAAGAGGAACGCACGAAGAGCACGUAAUGAAGCAAUAGCACGAUUGAUAAACGAUAAGAAAUAGUGCGUCGUCGUAUCUAAUCCCCUACUGCUUCUUCUUCUUCUUCUGCUUAAUGCAAAGAAAAACAAAUAGACAUAGAGCGCUCGAAAACGCAAAGCAACGUAUAACACCGCCCGUGCAAGCAGCCAAAGCUCAUGUCGUGAAAAGCAAUAGCAAAACUCAUCGAAAGAGGAUACAGUAAUCAAGCGAUAGCACCGACCGUAAUGUCAUUCUUGUUCGAAAACUCAAAGCCAAUCAUUGAGCCGUUAUAGAGAAUUGUUACAAAAGCGCGCUGUGAGGACGCUUUUUCUUGCUGCUGCUGCGUCCUGCGGGCUACAAACUGCGGUGUCCUUAUGUCCACACAGACACACACACAUUAACCCCUUCCCUGCCAUAUUCUGUCUGAAAGGGGGAUAAUACCUUUCAAUUCCUCUAACCUCUUCCAAGCACAAAGCAGUAGAGAGUAGUGGUGUGAUGGUCUGGUUUGAGUAGAAUGCUCCAUCACUUUAAUUAAAGUUGUUUUUCUUUGCCAUGCAUGGAAUGCUGCAACGUGUCUGAUUUUGUGUGUGUAUGCUACACACAUUAUAAUUCCAGAAAAUCACUAUUUUCUUAACGUUGUGUGGCUUUUUCUAAACACGAUUAAUCCUUCGUUUGUCUCAUUGUUUUACUGAUGCUUCUGAACGAUAUUUGGUAGCACAACAGCGGGUAGUUGGAUACGCUUUUGGAUGGUUCACUUCACCGACUUACGAUUGAUUUAGUUUUUUUACUAGCUACAAAGGACUUUUUGGUUUUAGAGACACUUCUUCUACGCUACUUGAAAAUAUCCACUGCAACACACACGUUUUGACCUUUUGACCCACCUUUUGAUACUUAUAACGAAGCACGAUCUAGAAAUUUAUAACUCCGCACAAUCAAUCAGACGUCGGACGUCAUCUGCACACGCCUCCACGCCUCAACCUGGGAAAGGAAAAGCAAUUGUAUUCCCUUUUUCAAUUUUCGUAUCUAAAAGAGCUUUUGUCAGUAUCACGAAUAUAUGUACACGUUCUGAUUGUCACUUUGUACGGGGUGUUGCAGGCAAAGUAGGGGAAAUUGUGGCAUAUAAAUUCUGUAGCUAAAUUAUUAAAAAAAAAAAAUUUAAUCCAUGAACACAUUAAGGACGUGCGCCUCAGACAGUUAUGUUCUGUGACGAUCCCUGACGAGAUAGAUCAAAGCUUUCGAGCGUCUCUUCACGUUAGGGUGAGAUGUUUUUGGUACGCUUCUGAAAUAAAGUCAACAGACAGUUGAAAAGGACGCUCUAUGUGAUUAAGAGACGACGUUUCACUGUGUGUUCUAUGACACUUCUUCUUCUUCUUCUUCUUCUUCCUUGGGGCACUACAAAACCACGAGAGGUCUCAGCCUGCCAUUUCUAGCUUAGUGUGGCUUGAUUUUACCCCAGAAGCAAAGUAGCCAGUCCUGCGUACGAGGGUGAGGUGGUGGUCUGGAUGAGAUUUAAACCCCGAUCCAGCCGUGUUUUUCCUCUCCAAAAAGGUUGAUUAAUAUUAAAGCAUAAUAUUUCUUUUUUGAAGACUGAUCAUUUUCGCCCCUUUUGUUUUGCCUGCCGUACCCUGUUCAAUACUACAUUAGUGUACUUAUUAAUGCCCGCUGUAAUGCCCACUGUGCUUUUGCCUUGCCACCCCAUAUACACCUCCUUACACCACGCGUUGAAUAAUUUUGCUGCCAACACACACACACACAAACAAAAUUGCACCUGUUAGUUUAGCUUUAUGGCACUGUCUUUCUAUAUACGUUUUCCUUACCAUAGUGUCAGUCAGCCUAUCUCACAAUCUGGUCCCCUUUUUCUGCUCUCCUUCUUCCCAAAAAAACCGCCAGAUGUCGCCCAAAAAACACUAAAAAGAUAUAGAAGAAAACAAGAAAUUAAAAAAUCUCUUUCUACAUCCGUUAUGUUCAAACUUUCAUAUCGAAAGCUUUCUCUCUCGCAACAAAAAAAAAAGAUCAAUCAUGGUGUAAAAAAGUUAAUUUAUGUUUUUCUAUUUUUUUUUUCAAUGUACACAGUUCAGUUCAUGUUUUUUCCCUUGUUUCUCCACAAUUCCGCAGGAGGUAAAUGCGUAAAACAAAACAAAACUAAAAAAAAGUCUAAAACUAUACAAAAAAAAGCAAAAACAUAAAACUUUAACAAAAAAAGGAAUAACAAGAAUAAGAAGAAAAUGGGAAAAAACAGAAGUACAUAUACUGUCGGUUACAUCCUGCCAUUGGAAGACGAACAAGAACAAGAAUCAUGCAAAACAAAACAAAACAAAAAAACAGUAACAAACACGAAAACUGCAGAAAAUGCUUACCACAAUAAAAAAAGACAAACCCCGCGGAACAUAGCAAAACCACACAACACACAACAGAAAACAGAAAAAAGCAAAUCAAACUUUGAACAAGAGAGAAACAAACCCCGUUCUUCUGUUGUUAUUUUCAAUAUGGCGAAUGGGGCAGUUGUUUAACCGAAGGUGUUGAACAACAGAACUUUGAACAUCCUUCUGUUUGUAUAUAAAAUUAUCAGUAUCGCGCUCCCCCACCACCACCACUGCUGCUCUCGUCACUCUCCACCACCACCAUUGAGUUUGAUUGCGGGUGGUUGAGCUAGGGCAAAAUGACAGGAAGGACUAACUCUCUCUGGGGCCCCCGUUGCUGACUUCGGUUCCUAUUGAUUAACGUCGGUGUUGCUCCUGCUCUAAAUCUAAUUGUGAUAUGAAAUAGUUUCCACUCUUCUCUUUCUACAUUUGUGUGUGUGGGUGGGUGUAUAGAUGUGUUUGUAUAUGUUUUAAAAAGGGAAAGAGAAAAUCGGAAAAGCACAUUACAACACAACCCUUCUUUAUAUAUCUUUCCAAUACACAUGCACACACACUCAUAUACAAACUUUGAACGCUUACAAAGGAAAAGCAAAAUAGGCAGAAGAAGAAAUAAAAGAUUAAAUCAGAAUAAGAGAGAGAAAAAUACAAUUAAACAACACAAACAAGUUAAACGGCAAACAAACCACCCAGAAACUAAGCUAGCUAGAGAGAACUUAGGAGAACAGAAAGAAAGUGGAAAAGUGGUUGAAGAAAGCCAACUAUAUUUCCCCCAUGUGUUACCGUCGUCUCAUAAAGUAAAGAUCAUGCACACACACACACAAAUGCAGAAAGACAGAGACAUGCAGAUAACAAGCUUACCAAUCGUUUAGCAAAGAAAAGGACAGCAAAAGAAGGGUUAAAACUAAGAAAAUCAGCUUCAGUUUGAUUUUUACUUCUUUUUUUUCCUCUUCCUUAAAACCACGGCAUGUUGGCAACAGCAGCAGCCGAGCGAGAUUUGGUAUUUAGGAUGCAUUUUGUACAUUGUUAUAAAAAUUGUGUUAAACGCUACCAUAACAAACAAAACACACACAAACAUGGCAACAAAACAAGCAAACAGGGCGAUAAAAAAGUGUUGUGAAUAUGUGUGAGAGCGUGAGCGCGCGGGUGUGUGUGUGGUGUCUGUAUGCAAUAUUUGAGAAGGAAUAAUGAGUUUAAACAGCUAUUUAGAUAAAUAGGAACCGAGUCGAGCACAUUGAUAUUUUAUACAGCGUGGCAUACAAACACAAACACAAAAGUCAACAAAAAAAGUAAAGCUGCAAACACACACGCACACACUCACGCGCGCCCCCUUAUCAUGCAUUGUACACUGAAUUACCAUAAACCGCCCCAAAACAGAUGAUAAAAUGCGUGUGGUGUGUUGUGGUGGGUGAGUGAGUGGCAGUUGCCUUCACUUACACACACACACACACAUGCCGACAUUGGUUUAUAUAAUUGAUAUAUGCUAGUUUUCUGUCAAAACACACCAGGCAAACAAAAUGACAAAGGACACAACAUUGUACUACGCUAGAAUCAAAGCUACCAUUGCUGCGUGUGGAAAUGAGAACGAGAAACGGUAAACUAGAGCGAGAGAGAGAGCGAAAGAGAGAAAUGAUAAAUGAAACGGGGCAGGGUUUUUCAUCCACUUCAAAUCUGCUGCUGCUGCUACUACUAGAUCGAUGACGAUAAGCUUCGUUAAAAAAAAACAUGGCGUCCGUGUGAAAAUGCAAAAGAGCGAGAUAGAGAGAACGAAUGGGCAAACGAGAGAGAGAGAGAGAGAGAUUCAAAUCGUAGCCUACUAACGUAGCAGUAGUAGCUCAAGCUUCUCCCAAGUACUUUUUGCGACAGGGAAAAGGAGAUGGGAGACCCGUGUUUUGAAGCUGAAUCACUAACUAACUAGCUAGCCGAACAGAGAGAGAGAGAGAGAGAGAGAGAGAGAGAGAGAGAGAACGCAAACCCGAAUGAAAAGCAGACGUGAAAACCUAACCCAACAUACACUACUUAGUAUACAUAUAUCGGCUAAGUGGAAACAGGAAACAAAAAGAAAGAACGAGAGAGAGAGAGAGCGUGUACGUGUGCGUGUGCGGCACGAGAUUUAGUGUAGUUUCUGGAAUAGUAUGAGAAUUAACUAAAUGAGAGUGUUUGUGUGUGUGCUUGUGAGUGAGAGAGAAAGAGAGCGCUAAUUGUGUAUGAGUGUGUGCGUGCGUGCUUGGUAACGCCUGUGUAUGUGCGCGAGUUAAAAUGCGAGUAACAGAAGAGAAAAAAAGGAAAUAAAAACCUACACAUCUACUCAAUAAGAUUAUUUAAGUCAAUGCAAAAAAACACACACACACACACAAAAGAAUACACAGCAUUAAGAGAGGAAGGAAAACAGGGGUGGCCAGCAAAACAGAAGCAAAUAAACCCAACCAACCCAAGCAAACAAACAAGGAACAAGGAGAAAAAUCACAACGCAUUUGCUUUGUGGUAGUAAUGGAGUCAUUGUACUAUGUGCGCGUGUGUGUGUGGUAGAGAGCAAAAGAGGUAUUAAUACACCUUGGCAGAAGGAAGCAAACUUGUAGAAGAACAGGGGAAACAAGGGAGUUGUGUGGUGGAAGCGAAAGAAGCUGUGUUUAGCUCUUAAUCGUGUUUAGCAAUUAAAUCAUGGACAGCUAAAAGAAUAUGUGUGUGUAUGCGUGUGCAUGCAUGCGUGUGUAUGUGUGUGCGUGUGUGACCCUGUUUGCGUCACACAGGUUGAACAUAUGAUUGUUAACAAGAGAGAAAAAAUUAUAUACCGCGCAUAUGUACGUGCGUGUGCGUGCGUGUGUGUGUGCGUGUGGCGUAAAGUCUCUCUCGCUUUAUAAAAAUAUCCUGCUACCGAUAAAAAGAAGUUCGCAUGUGUGCGUGUGUGUGUGUGUGUUAAUGUAGAGAUAAAUUAAGCGUUCAGAGCGAUAUACAUAUAUUAUACUAUUGUGUGCUGUAUAAAACGAAAUGGAGCAGAAAGUUAGAGCAAGAGUAAAACACACACAUACAUACGGAGAAGCGCUCGCGUGAACACUACUCUCUCCAGUCACACUAAUUGCUAGUGCUUAAAAGAGGGCAGGUAAUGUUGUACAUUUUAGUAAAGUCUAACUGCACAUGUUAAACUCCAUGUGUAAAAACAAGGAAUCGUAUAGAGUGAUUGUGAUGGAGAAUCAGAGCGAGAAAGCGAGAGCGAGAGAAAGAUAGAGAGAAAUAUAAAGAAGGCAUACCAAACACGCACACACACACACCCAUUCAAUCCUACAUCAAGAUCCGGAUGCGUUUACACUGUGCAAUGCAAUCGAAACACACACACACAUACACACGCCAUAAACACACAUGCAUGCACACUAGCGUGUACGGUUGACUAUGCAUACAGAAAAAAAACUCCCCGCUCGGUGGCGCCCCCUUCCUUUCCUACCCCCUACAUUAGUAAUGCAAGAGAUACGGAAACAGAAGCGGAAAAGCGAAGGAAAAAUGUGUUACAAUAUUGCGGCGCAAAGAGAUAACAUGAAUAUUGCGACAAAACACGUGUUACAUAAAUAAAACUGCAGAAAUGAAAUGAA